CGCUCGCGAGCCAGUGCCAGGAGAGGUCGCGCCGCGCGUUUUUCUCACUUCGAUCGGCAUCACAUGUAAAGUGCGAUGGACGUGCUACCGAGCGGCAACUUGUUCCGCGAACUCCAGGACGUGACGGACACCGGCUACUUCGAGUGGAAGCUGUCCCUGGAAGACUACUGGCAACAGACAUGUUACGAGAUGGAGAGAUAUCUCCGGGAGGAGCCCCGCAAGCGACGCGACCCUCCCCAGGAAGAGGAGUGGGCCCGUUCCACCUGCAGCCCACCCUCGCCACCAGCUUCCCCGCCGUCACCACAACCCACCACGACCUUCACGUUCAUCACCGCCGUGAAGUGUGAGCCUCAGAGCGACUCCGAUGAACCGAGGGGUAUGUCUGCUACGCAAGAGACUCCGAGUCCAGUGCCAGUGCCGCACGUGGUGCCGAGGAAGGUCCACGUGGCUCGUCACCACCCGCACCCGCACGCGACUGAUCCCCGCAGACGCGUGCAUCGCUGCGAAUUUCCCGCAUGCGAUAAAGUCUACACUAAGAGCUCGCAUCUCAAAGCGCAUAAGAGGACGCAUACUGGCGAGAAGCCGUACAAGUGCUCGUGGGAGGGGUGCGAGUGGCGGUUCGCGCGCUCGGACGAGCUCACGCGGCACUACCGCAAGCACACGGGCGCCAAGCCGUUCCGCUGCCGCCACUGCGAGCGGUGCUUCUCGCGCUCCGACCACCUGGCGCUGCACGCCAAGCGGCACGCGUAGCCCGCGGCUCCCGCGCCUGUCCGCGCCCCCACUCGCAAGCGCAAGUAGAACAGCCACGCGCUGUCUUUAUUUACAAGUAUAUUAGUGAUUCCGUUUAUAGGUUGUCGUGAGUUGUGAACACGGAAUUGAUUGUGAUGGGCGCUGCUCCAUACAGCGACAAGCCAAAGAAUGCCGCUACGUCGUAGUCAACACUCAUUGCACCUAAUGCUUUAAAGUUAUUUUUUUUGUUUUUAAGUUUAACGAGUUUUUUUAUUCGGGAAAAAUCUCUUGAUGUUUCGGCAAUUAUCGUUACGGUUCUUUGUUGCUAAGAUUUCGAUUUAUAGCCGUUGUGUAUUUUUAUGUGAGCUUCGUGUAUUUAGUCGCCGCCGCGUAGCGACGGUGCGAGUGUGCCAUGAGUGGGAGUCUCCCCACAUGCAUUUCAGUCGCGGUCAUAUUAUUUAUUGGGAAGUUCGGCUAAUGAUCCCACCGACGCCGAGCACGACCUUUAAUAUUUUAGGCUUAGUGCGUCGCGUUACCUGAUGUUAUGUCGGAGUCGCGAGUCAGUCGGCGUGUCUCUCGCAUGCCUUUAGCUCGAACCACUAGCUCAAAAUUGAUGAUUCAACUUGAACUAAUAAAGUGCAUGAAAUUACAAAACUAAAAAUCCCAAGUUCUGAAGCAGUGGUUCGCGUUGGAAGUAGGCUAAGGUAUCGACCGACUGGCUCGCCAUCUCUGCGCAGAUUCGUAUGUUUAUUUUGUUUAACUGUAUUUUAUUCAGUAGUUUAAGCUUUUUCUUUACUCUUUCAUUCCGAUAUUGUGCGGUUAACAGGCCUUUAUUUCAUUAGCUAUAAGAUUCUUUAUUGCAUGCACUAUUUGAUGUUUGGCAUGCCGUUACACACAUAGCGUGGUCGAUUUGCCUACAGGGAGGGUAACAUCUAUAGUACAUAUUUUUUUUGUAUUUUUGUAAAGUGAGGAUCGCUACGUGUGUAGAGGCUCCGUUGAUUCUGGCGGGAACAAUGGUCACUAAUGGCGGUAUUCGCGUGUUCAAUCAUGAUCUCAGUAACAUACAAGAACAGCACUAUAUAUUAUGGUUCGCCAUUAUUUGCCAUCGUCGCUUGUCUAAACACAGUCGCAAACAUUUCGUUGGCCAUCUUGAUAAGACCGGUUACAGACGGACGUGGCGUCGGCUGCGUUUGGCGUCAUAACCGGCCAGCAUACUGAUUGUGCACGACUUUUGUGAUCACUUGGAGAGCACGAGAGUGUGCGCUCUCAAGAUGCUGGUUGCGUAAUGCCACUAACUUGUAACGGUAAUAAUUAAUCAAAGAUCCUGAUCAUCUUCCACUGGAUAUAAUCCCCAGUUUUAGUUUUAGUCCCAAGUUUUAGUUUGUGUAAGCACAUGCUGUCGACGACACAUCUCUGCAUCUUUGCAAAACCAUUUCCAAAUCUCUGCAGAAUCACUUCCAAAUGUGUGCAGAGUUACUCCUGCAAGUUGUGGCAGUUACGGGACAGCUUACAUAAUCUAGUUAACUUUUGUUACUAGAGCAUAAGUAUGAACAACGACUGUUUACAAUAAAUAAACUGCCAUUUUUUUAUUCUAAUGUACAGUGUCGUUGAGUCGUCAGUAACUGUGCAUCUUUUAUUGCAUACCUCCCGGGGCCAAUAAUUUAGUCUUCCCAGUUUGAUAAGUUCUUGUUACAGUAUGAUGAGUUUUAUAUCUUUGCAGAGAUAUCACGCUCAUUAAACACUCUUUUAACAAUAACUAUUAUAAGACAAUACAAAUUUUAAUAUAGUCAAAUAUUUAACGUAAUUUUCGACUGACUAUAAUUGAAAAUAAAAGAAUGCAUUGACUGAUCUAGAAUUAAAUAACUGAUCUGCUUUGAGUUUUCUUGUAAAUUGGUUUGAACAAUCGUAGUUGUGAUAAUGUGAGAUCACGCUUAUGUGAACAAAUAGUGUAAGAUUAUUAAAAUGCCUUAUUUAACUUGUUUUAAACUUCAUAAAGAAGAAGUUGAAACAUUUGUCGCGUGUGAUAUCUCUGCAGUUUAGUCCCCACACACGAAACAUCUCUGUAUUUGCACUUCCGCUCAUUAUUCGUUAAUAUUUCGUCGUCCCAUGUACCUAGUUUUUAUAACAUUUAAAUUAUUAAACCACCACAUUUUAUCAAAUACAUUAUUUAA